AUGCAUAACUUUCCGCACUGCUUCUGUCCGCCGAGGUCCCACCAACACGCAGUGCCUACAGAAAGCGAUAGCGGACCUCUGCUUGCACAACAAGAGAGUGGAAGUAGGCACAGGCAUGGAAAUUUUCGGUAUCGGGACACUGACGCAGCCGGCUAUGGACGCGAUGGCGGUGGCCGUGGUCAUGGUGAUGGCACGGGAGCACAUCAAGGCUUCGCCAGUGAUUCUCCCGACCAUCAAUGUGGGGAAGUUGCACCCAGAGGUGUGUUGGGUCCCGACGGCCUUCCUUGUUCUGGGAGUAGCGGGCCUGCCUCCCCUACGAACGCAGGAAAAUUCCGCAGAGAGGGGUUCAUUCUGUCGUACAGUGGGCCACUCACGGACUACUACGAUGUCGAAACCAAGAAACUGGGACAGGGAACUUACGGUAGCGUCUGCCGCGCUGUCAACAAGGCAACUAAAAAUGUCAGGGCAGUGAAGACAAUCCCAAAGGCGAAAGUGAAAAAUAUCAAGCGAUUCAAACAGGAAAUUGCUAUCAUGAAGUGCCUGGAUCACCCCAACAUCAUCAAACUGUAUGAGACAUUCGAAGAUCACAAGAACAUCUAUCUUGUUCUUGAACUUUGCAAAGGAGGAGAACUGUUUGAUCGCAUCAUUGAAGAGGGCUAUUUCAGUGAAAUGUACGCCGGCACGUUAAUGCGCCAGGCAUUUGCGGCUCUAUAUUACAUACAUCAGCACGGCAUAGCACACCGAGAUCUCAAACCAGAGAACUUCUUGUUCGCCGACAAGAGCAAGGAAGCACCACUCAAGAUUAUCGAUUUCGGUCUGGCGGCUCGGGCCGGACCAACAACAGUUCUCGCGACGAAGGCCGGCACGCCUUAUUACGUGGCACCGCAGGUGCUGCAGGGCAAGUAUACGUACAAGUGCGACAUCUGGUCGGCAGGCGUAAUCAUGUACAUCUUGCUAUGUGGCUACCCUCCUUUUCACGGAGACAACGACGCUGAGAUCCUCGCAAAAGUCAAGAGCGGCAAGUUCUCGUUCAACGAACAGGACUGGAAGAACGUCAGCGUGGAAGCAAAAGAUCUUAUACGAAAGCUCCUCACUUACGAUCCGGCCCAGAGAUUGACCGCCGAGCAAGCUCUUGCCCAUCCUUGGAUCAAGCAUUACGCCACAAAAGCAAACCCUGUAGCGGAUGCGCCUUUAAACAGCAAAAUAUUGGAUAACUUCAGGGCCUUUCGAGCAGUGUCGAAGUUGAAAAAAGCCGCGCUUACUGUAAUUGCUCAACAGAUGAACGAGGGACAGAUAAAAGCGCUCAAAAAUAUUUUCCUUGCGCUUGAUGAAGACGGUGAUGGAACUCUCACAAUUAACGAGAUUAGAGUGGGACUCAGCAAGAGCGGACUGAAAGAGAUGCCGUCAGAUCUCGACGCCCUCAUGAACGAAGUGGAUAGUGACGGCUCUGGAGUGAUUGACUACACGGAGUUCAUCGCUGCUUCUCUUGACAAAAGACAAUAUAUACAGGAAGAUGUCUGUUGGGCAGCCUUCAGAGUCUUCGAUCUUGAUAACAACGGCCGGAUAUCGGCAGAUGAGCUCGCGCAGUUGCUCGUAAGCGUAGACGUACAAAACAUGUUUCCACAGCGAGAAGGGUUGGGACAGCCAGGAGCUGAGGGCAAACUGACGGCGGAGGAGAAGAAAGGCGCGCGAGAACAAUAUAAACUCAACGUGUUAGAAAUGAAGGGACUUAUCAAGGAAGUGGACAGGAAUGGAGACGGCGAAAUUGACUUUGAUGAGUUCAUGGAAAUGAUGCGUAAAGGAGAUCCUGCGUAA